CUAUGUUUUACGGGCAUUUCACCACAGUCCCCAGCCCUCUUUCUUUCUCAUUCGGGCUUGGGAUCGACAACGGCGGGGUCAGAGAAAUGAUGACUACUACAUGAACUGUUAUCAGUGUUCGAAAAUAUUUUCAAAACUGAAAGAAAUUACAGGGUUUCCGAAAUUCAAAUUUGAUAAAGUAACAAUUGUCUACGACACCGCGCGGCACGAGGUAAAACGUUUGACUAACAGUCAGAGGCUUCACAGAAAUCUAUUUCAGAAAGACGCUGAGCAAACUCUUUACGAUCUGAUUGUGAAGUUGAAGGACUUAAAAGCCUCUAUGGAAUUUAAUUCAACUGAAAAAUCGAAGUUCAAAUCAGGUAGCCUUGAAGAAAACAUGGAAACAGAUGAAACCCUUAAAAUUUCUAAUGUAUUCCGCGGUACUGAAGAUAAAAAAUAUGAACACGACAACACCAUUCUUUCGCUGAUGUCGCUGCUCAGGAUUUCAAACGGCAAAGUGCCAUCUUUCGCUUCAUGCCUAAUGAUUGAACUUUAUCGAAAUGAGACAUCAAACUUUUACGUCAAAACUUUGUUUUUGAAUAGUACGUCCGAAAUCCCUGUGGAACUAAGACCAUUGGGAUGCAGCAGUGAAGACUGUCCAUUCGAUGAAUUACAGACAUUGAUGAAAAAUUAUGUUUUCGGGCUUAGUCUUCCACACAUCGAUCAUACAGAUUCAAGUGCAACUUCUAGAACGUAA